CCGUUGCCAUCGCGGCGUUUUCCUGCUCCCCCGUUACGGAGGUGAUGGAAGCGGGUGAUCGCCUGCCCCUGCCUCGCUCUGCGCCGGUUGGGAAUCCAGAUUUUCAGCCCUGCGGGAUUCUCCCUCCUUUCUCCACUCCCUCCGCUUCAUCUUUUCCCGAUGCCGCUUCCCCACGUCAAAUCCAGGAGGGGAGCAGCCAGGAAAACUUCCACAUCUCUGCUUUAACGUGGAGCAAGAUGGACAGAAUGACGGAAGACGCUCUGCGCCUCAACCUCUUGAAACGGAGCUUGGACCAAGCAGAUGAUAGAGAUGACGUCCUGGCAAAGAGAUUGAAAAUGGAAGGACAUGAGGCAAUGGAGCGCUUGAAGAUGCUAGCACUGCUGAAGAGGAAAGACCUCUCGGGCAUCGAGGUGCCUCAUGAGCUCCCGGUGAAACAGGAUGGCGUGAAAGUCUAUGAAGAAAAGCUGAAUGGGAGCCUCAGGCCCCAUGGGGAUGGCAGGACUGCAGGGAGGCCGGGGAAGGAGAACAUUAACGAUGAGCCGGUGGAUAUGAGCGCACGGAGAAGUGACCAGGACAGGGGACGAUUAACCCCUUCACCAGACAUCAUUGUCCUCUCUGAUAAUGAGGCAUCCAGUCCCCGUUCCAGCUCCCGUAUGGAGGAAAGACUUAAAGCAGCCAAUCUGGAAAUGUUUAAGGGUAAAAGCAUAGAGGAACGACAGCAGCUGAUCAAGCAGCUCCGAGACGAGCUGCGGCUGGAGGAGGCCAGGCUUGUGUUGCUGAAGAAACUGAGGCAAAGCCAGCUGCAGAAGGAGAACGUGGUGCAGAAGACUCCAGUUGUCCAGAAUGCGGCGUCUAUCGUCCAGCCAUCUCCUGCUCAUGUGGGACAGCAGGGCCUGUCCAAGCUUCCCUCCAGGCCUGGAGCUCAGGGGGUUGAGCCUCAGAACUUAAGGACAUUACAGGGUCACAGCGUCAUUAGGUCUGCCACAAACACGACUCUGCCCCAUAUGCUUAUGUCACAGCGUGUGAUCGCUCCAAAUCCUGCCCAGCUACAAGGGCAGCGCGUUCCUCCUAAACCUGGCCUCAUCCGCACUACAACUCCAAGCAUGAAUCCAGCCAUCAACUACCAGCCGCAAUCAAGUUCUUCUGUUCCUUGCCAGCGCACAUCGUCGUCAGCCAUCUAUAUGAACCUUGCCUCUCACAUCCAGCCGGGCACUGUGAACAGGGUGUCAUCGCCGCUCCCCAGCCCCAGUGCUCUCAACGACGCCGCCAACUCCCAGGCAGCUGCCAAGCUUGCCCUCCGCAAGCAGCUGGAAAAGACGCUGCUGGAGAUCCCACCCCCAAAGCCACCCGCACCCCUGCUGCAUUUCUUGCCCAGCGCAGCCAACAGCGAGUUCAUCUACAUGGUGGGGCUGGAGGAGGUGGUGCAGAGCGUUAUCGACAGUCAAGGGAAAAGCUGCGCAUCCUUCCUGCGUGUGGAGCCCUUUGUCUGUGCCCAGUGCCGCACCGACUUCACCCCGCACUGGAAGCAGGAGAAAAACGGGAAGAUCCUGUGCGAGCAGUGCAUGACUUCCAACCAGAAGAAGGCGCUGAAGGCAGAGCACACCAACCGGCUGAAGAACGCCUUCGUGAAAGCUUUGCAGCAGGAGCAGGAGAUUGAGCAGAGGCUACAGCAGCAAGCGGCUCUGUCCCCCACCGCCGCUCCUGCCGUCUCCAGCGUCAGCAAACAGGAGAACAUCAUGCGGCACCACACACUCCGGCAGGCUCCGCAGCCCCAGAGCACUUUGCAGCGUGGCAUCCCCACCUCUGCCCGCUCCAUGCUUUCCAACUUUGCGCAGGCACCCCAGCUGUCCGUGGCAGGCGGUCUCCUUGGCAUGCCAGGCGUUAACAUCGCUUACCUGAAUGCUGGGAUUGGAGGCCACAAAGCAUCGAGUUUGGCGGACCGGCAGCGGGAAUACCUUUUGGAUAUGAUCCCACCCCGCUCUAUAUCGCAGUCCAUCAGCGGACAGAAAUAACGCCUGCUGAGCGCCCCCCCGGCCCCUCCUCCGUCGCAUGCAGUGCCUGUACCGGUGCCUACCGUACACGGGGAAAAAAAAAAGAGACAAAAAAAAAAAAAAAGAGAAACAAAAAAGCAAACAAAUGAAAAACAAACAAAAAAAACCCAUUUCAAACCUUCAGUGACCGUUCCUUUUUCCAAACCUUAUCUUCUUCGGUUUUCUAUAGCAGCGAGAGGUCACUUCCCUUGCCCGAGGUCAGAACAAUGUCUGCUUGAAGUCAGCACUCGACGUGUGUUAAAGCUUGGUUGAUGCUAUUUUUUGUAAUGAUGAAGCAUAGAAUUUUUAAUUGUGUUGUGGGGUUUGGUUUAUUUCCCCCCCUCCCUUCUUUUGUUUUUUCUCCUUUGCUCAAUGGAUGCUUAAACCCUUUUUUUUUUUGUUUUUUAUAUCCCUUUCCGGAGACUUUGUAAAGGCAUCCGCUCGCCGUUAAGUGACCGUAAUUUUUGUUAAAGGGCAGCCUGUGCUGACUCACGGGGAAAUGGGGGCAAAGAGAGAUGGAGCCCAGACCGGCGUCCGCAGCGCGGUGCUACUGUUCCCUCAGCUCGGCAGAAGAAGUCAGGAGACACUGACCCCGACGCCUUCGCUCCGCAUCUCUCUCUGUGGAGGAAGGGAGCCCGGUUUGGUGAGGAGCUGGUUGUCUGUUGGCACCGGAAUGCGGGCAUCGGCACUGGCAUGCAGGCUUUGGCAUCAGCGUGCGGCCAUCGGCACUGGUGUGUGAGCAUCGGCACCGGGAUGUGGGCUUCGGCACCGGUGUGCAGGCAUCGGCACCAGCGUGUGGACAUCAGUGCCAGCAGGACGGAUGGACAGGGCUGGCAAGGCCACGAGGAGCCCUUGGGCCGCAGAGGGGUUGGCGAUGCCAGCGUUGAGCCCGUGCUUGGGUGGCCAUGGUGCUGGCUUCUCCGUGGGCUCUAGACCAGCCUGGGACUGAGUCGGGUGUGGUGAGUCCCCCUCCUCUCCCCUCCGCGCUCCUGCAUGCUCCGGAGCCGGUCUCGGUCAUCGGCGGACGAUGGGGACACCACCAUGGUUCCCACACGGCACUGGGGCUCCGGCCGGCGGUUAACGAACCCAAAGCAAGAAACGAGCCGCGAGAAGUCGUCUUGAGAAACGCUCUAUUUGCACUUAACCUUCACACUAACAGGCUCUCUUCUUCCUCCUAUUCCUCCUCCUCCUCCGAGCGCCCUAGCCAGCGGGAAUCGCACCCCGGCUGCCGGAGAGACCCCGGCAGAGCCGUCCCCCCGCUCCCUCACCACCGCCAGGACCCCUCGGCGCCCAAAUCCACCACACCCGAGCGUCUACGCGGGGUUUUCCAGCUCCUGAAGUUUCCUGAGAGCUUUCUGCUUGGUUUUAAAUCUUAUUUUUUAAUUCUUUUUUUUUUUAUUAUUAUUAUUAUUUUUGGUUGACUUUUUCCCCCCAACGUUAAAUCUUUCUCGUGCAAUUCUGAAGCGGACCUGGGGAGCCGCUCAGCGGACGGGGGGCCCGGGACCCCCCAGCGCUGGGGACGAGGCACCUUCUGUCCCCAAAUGCCACCCCUGACCGGGGAGGGGGAUGCAGCCAGCUCCCCCCUCCACUCAAUGAGCACUUAACCCCGAGGGCUCCGGCCUCUUCCUCCCCCUGGGCCCCCCCAGAGGCAAAAGGACUAUGGGUUUUGUUGAAUUUUGGGGUUUUUUUUGGAAGCAUAGUGGCAUAUAUAUACACAUAUAUAUAUUUUUUUUGUGGGUUUUUUUGUUUUUAACCUUAUUUGGCUGGCUCCCCCGUUCUCCCCCCCUCCCCGGGAUGCUGAGAUCCUUUUCUCAUCUCCUUUUAUUACCCUGCACUUCGCUGAAUUGUUUUUUUUCUUGGAUGACUCUGUUGUUUUUUGUUAUUUCGGGGGGUUAUCUUUAUUUUAUCAACUUCUUCACCCCCUCGUGGCCCUUCGAUGCGAUCAAGCCCCCCCCUCAUGUCCCUUGCUCAAGUGCCGUUGUCCCCCAUCAGGCGUCACCCCACGGUCGAGGUGACCUUGGCUGAGAUGAAAUUGGAGGAUUUAAACUCACAACCAACAAACGACCACCACCCCCCCCCCCCCCCAAAAAAAAAAACCCUAUAAAAAAAUCCAAGUGCAAUAUUGAAACGGCGAGUCCCGCCACGGGGGGGGGGGCGGGCAGGGGAACCGACGGACAGAACAAGAUGCGACUUCAUGGUGCUAUAAGUGAAAUCCCACCCUGGGGGGACGGAAGAAUCCCCUUUUUUUGGGGGGGAAUCCCCCUUUUUGGGGGGAAUCCCUGUUUUUUGGGGAGGAUCUCCUUUUAUUGGGGGAUUCCCUUUUUGGGCGGGGAUUCCCUUUUUGGGGGGAAUUCCCUUUUUGGGGGGCAUCCUCUUUUUUUAGGGAGGGAUCCCCUUUUUGGGGUGGGAUUCUCUUUUUUUUGGGGGGAAUCCCCGUUUUUGGGUGGAAUCCCCUUUUUUGGGGGGGUCUCAGAGCGGGCACUUCAGCCUCAGGAGUCUGCCAACAGCUCUCUGCACCCCAAAACCCAACAUGGGGAGCGGGGCUGCCCCAAUCCAGGCCCUGUGCAGAUUAAACAGGUUUAUUAUUAAUAUUUUUUGGCUCAAGCACCGCCCCCCCCAAUGCGAUGGACGGUUAAAAACCAACUCCUUUUCCUUUCUCUUUUUGUUUGUGCUGCAUAGCGAAAUAAGGAUUAUUUUCCUGCUUUUUCUUUUACAGCUUUUAGAGCCGCUUGUGAAAAUGCUCUUUUUUUUGUUUGGUUUUUUUUUUUGGAGGGUUUGGGGUUUUUUUUUGGUUCGAACCCAUUCCCCUCUUGUCUCCCCCCGUGCCCCAACCCUUCAUUAGCUUAUGAUAUCGCUGCCGAAAUGUUAUAACAAGGACUCAUCCGUGUAUAUAAGCUAUUUCUUGACACAUUAAAAAAAAAAGGAUAAAAAAAAAAAGGAUAAAAAUACAAAAAAAAAAAAUAAUUGUACAUUGUGUAGAAAAAAAAAAACAAACAACAAAACAAAGGAAACAAACAAAACAAGAAGAAAAAUCCCGGGAAGCAAAGCCGCCUCGCCAUGGGUGUUGUGGAAGUCGUCACGUCCUUCUCGUCGUGUGACCUCGUGUGUAUGACAUGAACCGUGCAAAAAGGGGAGGGGGGGGACCCGGCAG